CGUCGACGGUGCGCGAAAGCCGCCCACCACCGACGGCUAACUAACGACCGGCGUGUUAUGCCGCGAAACAGUGCCACCCCGUUGGGUGAUGGAGCCCCAAGAUGUCCGUGCCUCCGAAGGGAUGUCGCGUCUGGUCCUCCACUGCCACGCGGACGGAUUUCCGCCGCCGGCGGUCUCAUGGCGGCGGGCCAGCGGCAAGAAGCCCGGCAAUUAUCGCGACAUAGUCACGCACGAGCACGCCCAGAACCUCAAGAUACACUCGAACGGGUCCCUGGUGUUCGCUCGUGUACAGGAGGAUCACGAGGGAUUUUAUUUGUGCGAGGCGGUGAACGGGAUCGGGGCUGGAAUCAGCAAAGUCGUGCAUCUGACCGUGAACGUGCCCGCCCAUUUCGUGGAGAGACACCGUAACCAGACAGCGAGGCUCGGCUCGAGCGCGUCGCUGCGCUGCGAGGCGAAGGGUGAUCAUCCCCUGAAGAUACUGUGGAAAAAGAUGGGCGCGCACCUGGAGCAGAAACUGUCCGACUAUCGGUACACGUUGAAGGAGGAGAACACCACCGACGGUAGCAUCAGCACGCUGGAGUUUCUAAGCACGAGUCGAGAGGACAGCGCGAGAUACUUCUGCAUAGCGUCGAACGCUUACGGCCGCGACGAAAUGACGAUUCACCUGUACAUACAAGAGCCACCGGAUUUCCCGCGGAACCUUCACGUGAUCGAGAAGGGGAGCCGUUACAUCAACAUCAGCUGGACGACCAGCCAGGAUGGCAACAGCCCCAUCACCCAGUACAUCAUCGAGUACAAGACCGACACCGAGGUGUGGCACGAUCACACGUUUCACAUGACAGUGCCUGGCACCCAGGCCCACGCUCACGUGAGCAGUCUGCGUCCGGCGGUCUCCUAUCAGUUCCGAAUAUACGCGGAGAACGAAUUGGGUCGUAGUCAGGCGAGCGACAUUUUGGAAACAACGACGGAAGGCGAGAAGCCGAGCGGCCCACCGAGAAAUCUCAAGGUAGAUCCUGUCAGCUCGACCGAGUUUAACGUCACCUGGGACCCACCUGAUCAUGAUUUAUGGAACGGAGAGAUACUCGGUUAUCACAUCGGCUACAAGGAACAUAGGUUGGCAGCGGACCAGUACACGUACCGCACGGUAGAGAGGCGAAUCUCCACGGCCAGCGUGGCCCUAGGCCUGGCAAGAACGUCGAUGCCCGGCAGACAAUACCAGCUGACAAACUUGAAGAAGUUCACGCGGUACAGCGUAGUGGUGCAAGCGUACAACGUGCUAGGCCAAGGUCCCAUGACGCCGGAAGUGGUCGCGACCACCCUCGAGGACGUGCCUAGCAGUCCACCGCAAGACAUCCGGUGUGCGGCGCUGUCCUCGCAAUCACUGCAAAUCUCGUGGGACGCGCCGCCCGACUCCAGUCUGAACGGCAUUCUGAAAAGCUACAAGGUCAUAUGGGAGAACAUGGACGCUCUGACCGAGUCGCCCAAGUCGGAAAUGAAGAUCACCAGUGCCUUGACUGUGGUGAUUCACGGCCUCGAGAAGUACACGAAUUACUCUGUCCAAGUGUUAGCCUCGACCAGGGCUGGCGACGGGAUCGCGUCCUCACCUUUGUAUUGCGUCACCGAGGAGGAUCUGCCGGAGGUGCCAGCGGGCGUGAAGGCGGUCGUCAGGUCGGCGACAUCAAUUAUCGUGUCCUGGCAGCCGCCGCUCAGGAGCAACGGGAACAUCACGUCGUACAACGUUCAUAUCCGCUGGGUAAACCCGGAGGGAAAAUGGUACACACGGGCACUGCUUCCGUAUCAGACCAGUUAUCCGGUGGAGAACCUGCAGAAGAAAAAUCAGUACGAGUUCAGUAUCGCGGCGGUUACGUCGGUGGGCGAGGGACCCCAGACUCAGCCAAUCACGGUUUCACUAACCAGCGAAGUCCGAGCGGCGAUAUACUCGUUCGGCACCGUGCGGGUAGUCCCAUGGAAACGAAACGUGACGUUACCAUGUCAGAGCGUCGGCAAUCCCGAACCGUCGGUGACAUGGAAACAAUGGGGCCAGAUAGUGAAACCGUCCAGCAGGGUGUCCUUGCUACCGGAAGGCUCGCUGCAGAUCAUGGAUCUUCAGCGGGAGGACAGCGGAAAUUACACUUGCUACGUGAAGAAUCGUCACGGAUCCGAUCACAUCACGCAUCGUUUAACCGUGCAAGUUCCACCGGCAGCCCCGUUGCUGCACGCCACCAGCGCGACCAGUAAUUCCAUCAACGUCCAGUGGAAGAACAGGGAUGAUGGUGGUGCCCCAAUCAGGGGUUACAUUCUGCACUACAAACGAGAGUCGGGCGAAUGGGAGGAGGUGAAGGUCUCCCAUAAAGUCAACAGUUUCGUACUGUCACGACUAUGGUGCGGGAACGAUUAUCAGAUGUAUCUGACUGCGUACAAUCGGAUAGAUAUGGGCUCGCCCAGCGAGAUUGUAAAAGCCACGACCAAUGGGUCAAAGCCGGAGAACUCGCCCAGCAACGGUGAUAAAUUCAUCACGGUGAACGUAUCGUGGAUCACUCUUCAUCUGAGCAUGUGGAACGACGGAGGGUGCCCUAUCACGUACUUCGAGUUGGAGUACAGAAAAAGCGGAGACGACAUUUGGACUCUAGUAUCGAAUAACAUCGAGGUACAGAAGACGUACACGCUCAGCGAACUGCAACCUGGAACUACCUACGACAUCCGAAUAAGGGCGCACAAUAACGCGGGUUUCUCGGUUGCCGAGUACAGGAUAACGACCCUGCAACCUCACACCAGCAGCACCGUGCCGUCCGUGGAGAUCGAUCAGUACAUUCCUCAGCACACGUCCGUCUACUCGGAUCUAAAGCUGAUUAUCCCUCUGAUACUGAGCUCACUGGCGAUCAUCGCCGCUGCCGGUGCCGUGUUUUAUUGCUUACGGAAACGGGAAAUCGCGAGCCUGCACGACGCCCAGACUGCAGCUGCCUUAGACAAUAAGCAGAACAUGGAGCAGCGUGAACAGUACUACGCGACCGUGCGCAAGCCUCUUCGCUCGCCGAUACACGAGAUGGCUACCUUGGAAAAAAUUCCAGAAUACUCGGAGGACAUUUAUCCGUACGCGACCUUCCAACUAGAAGAGAGCGUGCCACCAGGAGGCGAUAGUCGAUGUAAUUCCGCGGCGCCUUUACAGACCUUCGUUUAUCACGAUCCUCGUCUGUCCGCAGCCGACACCCUUCAAUUACGAGAGUCGGAUUGCAACCGGUACACUAAGGUGCGCGGAGGCCGUUCGUCCUCUGCGCCAUUGCACAAAACGCACAAGGUCAGUCAGGGCAAGUCCGAGUCGGAGGAAUACGACACCCUGGGCUCGGAUAGCGACACGGAAGUCGGGACCAGCAGCCGAACCGAGUCUUCCAAUCACCUCGUCGAUUCGCACCACUCGGUGUCUGCGGCCGACUCGCGUGUCCACAACUUCCUGUACCAUGGACCAGAAUCUAGUACGUCUACAGAACCCUCACCGAUUUUUGAGAGAAAAUCGUUUCCUGGAAGGGGAAGAUCCAAGAUGUUACAGCUGGCGCGUCAUACCAGCGAGGAGACCCGUUCCAACUUCGGCCCAAUCUCCGGGUUUGGCAAUCCCAAGCACCAGUCGAGCAAUUCCUGCUCAAAUCGGGACCAGGAGCGUGACGGAUCAGGGAACCUGUUCGUCCCCAAGCUGGACCCACCCACGGGCUUCUCCGACGCGUUUGAGCUAAGCGAGGCAGAGUGCGACCUCGAUCGCGGCCACAACAGCCAACGAAACGUCCGUGACUUCGCAAUCGCGGUGUAAAUAGAAAGAAACGUAGAACCUACGGUGAACCUGCACGAUGCUACGCGAACCAGCGAAACAAACGAAACCCCAUUUCAACUAUCUCGAUGUAAAGAAAACACCAUGGUGGUCCGUCUUUCGUUAAUUAUCAUUGGCCACUGUGUUCGCAGCGGCCACUGAGUAAUGUGCUCCCUGUUCGUGUUCCUGGCCUAUGUCGACGGGAAAGUGUCAAUCGUAUCCUAUAACAAAAGCGAACGUACUGAACUCGACCAUGUGUUCUUCAAACUGCCACUUCGUUCGAAUUCGCGAGAGCCUGCGACCACGUGAAGACCGUUUCUUCGAUUUCGAUGUUUCUCGUUUGAGUUCCGAGCGAGUAUAUAGACCGAUCCUGAGCGCUCUUUCGGGUGAAUUCGAUCGACCAAACUUUUAUCGACUGCCAUUUCGUUCGAAAAGAAAAACGAUUGUCCUAUAUAAGAGAGACUUUACUCUACUUCUCUACCUACUUUGUAAAUUAGACAAAUUUUCGCAGGUUAUCGAACGACUAUUGAUACGAUUGCUCGAGUUCGAUCAACACGUCCGUUUGAGUCUGUAUCACGCUAAGACUGCGACAGAAGAGCGUACUCUACUGUAAGCGAUCCGCAGGGAAGGUUUUGUCUUCCCUGCGCGAAAGACUCCUAUUAUCUUUAUUAACCAAAGACUCGAAUCAUGCUGAAUACUAUCGUUGAACGCGGAUCGUCCUAUCGUUAAGACUACGUUGCAGUAAACAUUCACGACAAAACGGUUUCAUUGUACCGAGUGCAUAUCCCAAGCGAGCAAUACGCCAUUUGUUACGAGUUUACUUGGUCUUCCAAUUUCGUAGAUCGUUUUAUCUACUCAUUUCACCGUCGUCCUUUUUAAAGCGAAGAAACGCGUGAACGAUUUCUUUUUCACCUCGAACGAGCCAGCAUGUUUCUCGUUCGUGUACCAACCGUGUGUUGUAUACGUGUAUAAAUAACGAAGCUAG